UGCGAUUCCAUCUUGAUGUCAAUGGAUGGCUGCAGUGCUAUAUCCUGGCAUCAAGGUUAAUUGCCUGAACGAUGUAGUGAUUAAAAGAGAUACAUACCUACCCACAGGAUUUGUUGUUCUCAUGGGAGUAUUGACGAGCUGGCCGCGUUCUCAAGGAAGAUUGGUGUUCUAACAUUGGUGUUCUGGCUUGCUCCACCGCCCGCUAUGAGCGCUGCUUGUUUUCCUCCACGCCCACCUUCACCUUCACUUGGAAUCACCCUCCCACGGCCACCACGUCCCCCACGCCUGCCUGGAGGCCCCACUCUUUUAUUCUCUGUACCACCUUAUCUUUUUAUUGCCCUAUAUAAACAGUUAAACUUUGCAAACCUUUCAAGUUACGCACCCAUAGUCGUUGAGCAAGCGUUUAUGAUUCAACAUCGAAAACCUUCAAAAGGUCACCGACUUCUCCUACUAUGGACGUAGCCCGGGUUACCUGCGUCGAGAGGCUGCCAUACAAGG